AUGCUCCUUCUUAGCAUUGUUCAUUUCACAAACUCUCAACCAACGAUUAACUACCCAAUCAAUUCACAGUUACCUCCAGUAGCUCGAGUGGACGAGCCUUUCUCAUACACUUUUUCUCAGUAUACAUUUCACUCAGACUCCAAUAUCUCAUACUCACUUGGCAAUGCGCCAGAAUGGCUCUCUAUCGACAGUGAGCGUCGCCGGCUUUACGGUAUACCAACCAACGACAGCAUCCCGAGCGGCGAUGUGGUGGGCCAAACGAUUGAAGUAAUUGCCAGAGACAGUUCCGGUUCGACAACUCUCAGUUCAACUCUAGUCAUCUCUAGAAACAAAAGCCCGUCUGUCAGAAUACCACUAUUAGAACAGAUCGACGACUUUGGUGAUUACUCACCCCCUUCAUCACUGACGUCGUAUCCUUCCACCGACAUCAGCUUCACUUUCGACUCCGACACGUUUGACCAUCAGCCCAAUGUGAUCAACUACUAUGCAACGUCGGGUGACGGCAGUCCCCUGCCGGCCUGGAUGAGGUUUGAUGCCAAUUCCUUGACAUUCAGUGGGCAAACUCCUUCUCUCGAGUCACUUAUACAACCUCCCCAAACUUUUGACUUUGAACUUGUUGCAUCAGACAUUGUGGGAUUCUCAGCAGUAUCAAUAGCAUUCUCCGUCGUUGUGGGUAGGCACAGACUCAACUCAGACGACCCGAUCAUCGCUAUGAACACCACGCGAGGACGGAAGCUUGUAUAUCGUGGACUGGCAGACAAGAUAAAACUCGACAACAAACCAGUCGACACAGAGAAUAUUGACAUUUCGACAGACGGUUUGCCCAAGUGGCUAUCUCUGGAUAAAAAGACGUGGGACAUUGAGGGUACUCCGGGCAAGAGCGACCAUUCAACCAAUUUCACCAUCGUAUUACGUGACCAAUACCAGGACACGCUCAACAUAUACGCCACUGUCAAUGUUUCCACCGCCCUGUUUCGCUCAACUUUCGAUAGUAUCGAGAUUGAGGGUGGGCAAGAUGUCAAUAUCGACCUGGAGCCUUAUUUUUGGGACCCAGAGGAUAUCGAUCUUGGCAUUUCGAUCACACCAAAUAAAAACUGGCUCAAGCUCGACGGGUUCAAUAUCACUGGCAAAGCCCCUGUUUCUGCGUCACAAGAUUUCAGGAUUUCCGUGACAGCCUCAUCCAAGACUUCUGAUGAUUCAGAGACCGAGAUUCUGGAAGUGAACGUACUUCAGUUUGAGCCUACAUCCUCGUCGACAACUGCAUCGCGCACUUUGUCAACAUCCCUAAGCACGUCUACGUCUGUCGCUCCCACUGAGACUUCUUCCGGUCCUGGUACAGAAUUGGCAGAUUCCGAUGGGGGGCUAACGACUGGUACUCUUCUCCUCGCAAUUCUUCUCCCUCUUUUGGUCGUGGUAUUUCUUUCCAUGCUUCUUAUCUGCUGCCUCCUCCGUCGCCGCCGAAAACAACAGACAUAUCUUUCCUCCAAAUUCCGCAACAAAAUCUCAGGGCCAGUCCUUGAAAGCCUUCGCGUGAAUGGGGGCACAGCUGUCAUGCAGGAAACCAACAAGGUUUCGAGUAUAGGGGGUGCAGGCCAGCAACUACGCCGGCCAUUACGUACUCCACACUCCGAGGUAGACUCGGAGACUCUUGUCAUGACAUCUCCGACACUGGGAUUCAUGGUAACGCCACAAGUUCCUCCAAUGUUCGUUGCAGAAGACACCAGCACCAGCUUCUCCCGGUCCAACAGCACGUCGAAUAGUGAGGAUGGUAGACGAUCUUGGAUAACAGUUGAAGGACCCGCGGUGGCAGCAGGACAACAAAGCCGUACAUCGUUCAGGAGUCAACGGUCAAACUCAACUCGAUCAGAGUCAACUCAUCAAUUAAUACCGCCACCGGUGCUUCUAUCCGACGCAAGAGCGAGGUCGUUCAGGGGAAAUGUUGAUCCAACAGUCCCGUCUCUCAAUGGCUACCCCAGCAUUCACUCGCAAAGGGCGGUCUUUCAACAGGGCUCCGAACACUAUACAAGUGCCAAUGACAGCUCUUUAGCAUUUGCAUCAUCCCAUCAAUCAAGCCCGAGGCUUUUGACUGGUGGGUUCUCAACACACACACCAGGUGCAAGACUUAAUACUGCAACCACUGAUGGUGAAGGUCCAUCAAUAGAGGCCACUCGAAGUAUGCCGGUACUUAGAAGACCAGAAUUAGUGCGUCUAUCGAGUCAGCAACUUCUUGGCGAAGAUAGUCGCCCAAAUAGCAAAGCGUGGUACGACUUGGAUAUUCCAAGGGGACUUUUCGCAGACCCCUCGUUUGGGUCAAGGGAGAACUGGCGAGUGUAUAAUUCACAAGGCGACGUGACAAACAUGUCAUACCAUCAGCUUGUGGAUGAAUCACCAUUCCAUCCACUUCGACCAAGCACAGCAAUGAGCUCAAACCGCGAUGGUGCGCAGCCCGGACAGCGGGCAAGCUCAGAGCUGAUAUCUCCAAGCCAAUGGGGUGAUGGACCAAAUAGCAUCAGGGAUUCGUUAGCAUCACUACGGCAAGGUUUGGGUCAUUCCAUGAGCAAGAUGUCUCGUCUGAGCGUCGACCCGCUCGUUGUACCGGGCAGUCAAGAUACUAGACCAGCUGGAGGUUCAUCGACGAAUUGGAGGCGAGAAGAUUCAGGGAGGAAGUCAGAUGGAGGGAGUUACGCCUUUCUUUGA